CGGGGUGAGUCGAGUGCUGGAUACGCGAAAAUCAACGUAAUCUAAGUCAUGUUGCGAUCUGUGGCGAAUGCGUAUACACAGUUUCACGUGGAUUUGUACAAUCAGUUUUUUGAUAAAUUCAUGCCAAUUGCCAAAAUUUCACAUAUUGCGUCAGAUUCUUAUGACCAGGCCAUUGAAGUCAGUCAGUGAGAGUUCAAGCUUCCACGAACGUUAGCGGUCGUGAGUGCUUCCAUCGAGGGCUAUUGUUGCUGGUACAUAGUAGGUGGUCGCAUUCACUACAUUGACAUCUGUGAGUACAGUAAGUAUAUACCGAUAAUGGCUGUAAAAAGUGUAUCAGGUAUUACAGAAACCUAUGGUGCUGGUGAUUUUGCUGUAUCCCAAAUUAAAGCUAAUUUAGAUGAACCAAAGUGGGAUCAGAAUACCUACCAAGGAAGAGCUAAACAUUUCUUCACUGUGACCAAUCCUCUAAAUGUUCUAUUGAGUGGUAAACAACUAGAUGAAGCUAAGACUCUUGUACAGCUAUACAAACAAGGUAGACUUCCAGCCACCGUCACAGAAGAUGAAUUAUGGCGAGCAAAAUAUCGAUAUGACUCAGCAUUUCAUCCUGAUCAGGUAAGUCACAUACAAUGGAUCAACCAGUCUUUCAAUGCCAUCGUCAAUUACACAAAUCGUAGUGGUGAAGAUCCCAUACCAGUCAGUCAACUUGUGAAAUCAUAUUUUCUAGCCACUAGUGGUGCUUUGAUCACAGCAUUGGGACUGAACAGUUUAGUAAAAAAAGCUCCACCACUGAUUGGUCGUUAUGUUCCAUUUGCGGCCGUUGCCACUGCCAACUGUAUUAACAUUCCAAUGAUGAGGAUGAGGGAGGUAGAGAAUGGUAUCACAGUUAUGGAUGAGAAUGGUAAUAAAUUGGGAGUAAGCAAAGCAGCUGCUAGAAGUGCAAUAGCUCAGGUUGUCUUCUCUAGAGUUGCCAUGGCGAUACCUGCUAUGGGCAUCCCACCAAUAAUUAUGGGUAUAUUAGAAAAGAAGCCAUUUCUACAACAAUAUAAAUUCAUGAGAGCACCUGUACAAGUAGGAUUGGUUGGUCUAUGUGGUGUUUUUGCUACUCCUCUAUGUUGUGCUCUCUUUCCACAGAAAAGCUCCAUAUCUGUCAGCAAACUUGAACCAGAACUCCAAGAACAAAUCAAAAACAUGGAUUCCAGCAUUACUAAAGUUUAUUUUAAUAAGGGUCUUUGA